AUGAGUGGUCUUCUUACUAUCAAUUUAAUCUUCUUUAUUUGUGAAUUGGUGACGGGCAUUGUCAUACAUUCCCUUGCUUUGUUGGCAGAUGCAUUCCACAUGUUAAGUGAUUUAACAUCACAAAUCAUCGGACUCAUUGCCAUAUUGUUAUCUAAAAAGAAAGCAUCCCCAAAUUACUCUUAUGGAUACGUUAGAGCUGAAAUACUUGGCGCACUCACAAAUGGCAUAUUCUUGUUGUCUGUUGGCUUAUUCAUAUUUCUAGAAGCCGUAGAACGGUUCAUCCAAAUUCAGGUCAUCACAAGUCCUGUUGUCAUGUUAGUAGUCGCUAUUUUGGGACUUCUGGUGAAUGUCGGAGCAAUGUUUCUAUUCCACGACCACGACCAUCACCACGUUGGACAUUCCCAUGAUCACGUGCAUGGGUUGCUUAAUGUGUUUAAAAAGAAAGACAACAAACAAUUUGAAGUGUUUCAGAACAAAGAAAUGAACGAAGAAAACACUGAAGGCGAUUCACAAGUGUUCGACGAAAACAUAUUAAAAACACAACAAACCGAAGAACAUCCAGAAACCCCAGAAAUUGACGUGAACAACACAAAAAGUGAACUCAUCAAAGGAAAUCAAUUGCCCAAUUCUAAAUACAAAGAAAAUGAGGAUGUCGUGGCCGUAAUAGUUGCACUUGGGGUGUUGCUUAUUGAUGGAGAUUGGAAAUAUUACUUGGACCCAUCACUCUCACUUGUUGUUGCUUGUGUUGUGAUGACAUCGGGAAUGCCGUUAGUCAAAUCGUGCGUCAAAAUUUUGAUGCAAAGCGCCCCACACGACUUUUCAAUUGAAAAAAUCCAGAACGAAAUUGCAUCAAUCAAAGGAAUUGCACAAAUACAGGAAGUCCACGUUUGGCAACUUGCAAACGACAACGAAGUUGCAACGGCAAACAUUGAAAUUAAAAAGGAAAACAAAGAUGAUGUGUUUGAAAUUGUUCAAAACGUUAAACGCCACCACAUGAAUUAUGUCACCGUCCAGCCUGAAAUUUAA